AUGCCUCCCAGUCCCAGGUAUCUGGUCUACGGACACCCCCUGAGACACCCCUCUACCCCCACUCCCCCUGACCUCCACAACACCUCCAGCUCUAUCGUCCUCCCCACUGAUAACCCCACCACCCCCAACUCCCCCAAUCCCCAGAACUCAGACCUCCCCACCUCAACCCCCCGAAACACAGACUCCCCCAAUCCCCAAAACUCAGACCUCCCCACCUCAACCCCUCGAAACACAGACUCCCCCAACCCCCAGAACUCUGACCUCCCUGACACCCAGAGCCCACCCACUGACAACGCUGCAGUAAGUGACCCCACCUCCACAGAGGGACAGCCAGGCCUGACCCCUGACCCGGAAGUGAUGUCAUCGCUGGCUGAGGAAGGGCAGGACGUGAUCAAUCUGACAGAUGUUGGACAUGACCCUGACAUGAAAGUCUAUGUAGAUGAGGUGUCUUGGAGGAGGUUCACCCCGGCUCCGGUCCACAGAGAGUUUGGUCCAGGCUGGGCCCUGACCUCUGAUGUUGUUCUCUGUCUGCCUCUCUCCAUCUACAUUCAGAUUAUACAGAUAUCCUUCAAGGUGGAUGGUUUGGAGGAGUAUCUGAACGACCCAGUGAAGCAGCACUACCUCAUCAGGUUCCUGCCUUCUAGGAUGAAGACCCAACUACUGCACAAACGGAAGUACAUCUUUAGUUUCCAUGACAGCAUGCAGCGUCUGAUUUUCAUGGGUCUGCUGCAGUUUGGCCCGGUGGAGAAGUUCCAAGACAAAGACCAGGUGUACCUGUUUGUGAAGCGUAACUGUAUGAUAGUAGACACUACUAUGUGUGAGCCCCACUAUAACCUGGUGUUGGAGACGAGGGUGUUUGAGAGACGCAGAUACACCCUGAACACCCUGACAGACGUAGAUAACUACUGGUUUGACCUGAUGUGUGUCUGCCUCAACACACCACUUGGCGUGAUCAGGAAGGAGCGUCCGAAGAGAAGCUCUGCCUCCAAAUCCCAGGAGGGGCCAGUUGGGGUUCCCGUGGAUACAGACCGCCACAAGUUCCGUCACCUGGAUCACAUGCUCAAGGGCAGCAGGGAGGUGUGUUACACAGCAGUAAUACCAGGGGACGGUAAAGGAGCAGGAGGUCUGGACUCUGAGUUCUUCGGACACCUCAAACGCAAUUGGAUUUGGACCUGUCAUCUGAUGAGAACCAAGAGGAGCAACAACCAGUACGAGUCCAGUAACACCGUGAGACUGAAUAGUCUACUGACCAAACAUGUGACCAUGGAUAGAGGGUAUAUGUUGAUGCAGAGGGGAUGUUGUGCGGAUGGGAUGUUGGGACCAGUUUGGCCCCAAGUUCCCGGGCCCCAGUCCUCUAAGCAGGGGGUCCCAGCAGGGUUGAGGUUGGAGGAGGUCCACAUCUCCACUGAGCCGUCCAGUAGGAACCGGCUGGUUAAAGGAGGGAAGAAGCAGAAGAGGAAGAGAACCAUUAAACUGAAAAAACAGGCCAAAACACCACAGAAGAAGAAAGUCGAGGUUAGAAAGCGGCCCCCAGUCCAUGAUGCAGCAGACCACAAAGCUCUGAUGAUGAUGACCAGACAGAGAGUAACAUGGAGCGUCAGCGAGGACUCUGUACUCAUCCUCUGUAGAGUCGCUUCUCACUUCCUCAACCGCAAGCUCCGCAGGCCCUUCGUCCCGUGGUGUGUAGUGAGGGAUCUGCUCCACGCAGAGUUUGAAGAGUCUCUGGAUAAAACCUCUCCGUCUGUUGGACGACGAUCACGUUACAUACUGAAGAACCCACAGACAUACCUCAACUACAAGAUCUGUCUGGCGGAGGUGUACCAGGACAAGCCUCUGAUAGCGAAACUACAGGGAAGGAAACACGACCCCAACGACCCCAAGGAAUGUUCCACAGUGUUCCGGGAGUUUGUGUCGUUACUCAGACAGAAAUUCAGCUCCGCCUCCGGGUCGUGUGAUGUCACCAUCCCUGACACCAAGACACAGCUGUUCUCACGGUUUAAGGUGUACACCCUGGAGGACAUGUCAGAUGAGAACACCAAGGACUCUCUCAACAGUAUUGAGGACAUCCACUCCCUGGUGUUGAAUAAUCUGAUCCAGAGUACGUUGGCCAUGUCCAACUCUCAGAUGAAAUGCUGCCGAUCCUUCCAGACCUUCCAUACCUACAGUAGGUACCGUCAGGAGGUUCUGUGUCAGGUGUUUGUCCAGUGCAGGAAGAAGGGAUUGGUCAACAGACGAAGGAUCAGUCAACUGUGUGGCCCCAAUAAGAACCGUGCCCUACCCAUCCUGCCCAUGUCUUACCAACUGUCUCAGAGUUACUACAGGUGUUUUACAUGGCGUCUGCCCACGGGUCUGUGUACAGAGGUGUUUGACUUCAUGCAGGCCUUGAGUGAGAACGGGACUGGAGACAACCACCCUUCCACGGUCUUCAUACACGAAGGAAAGGAGAAGGAGAAGAGGGAGAGCAUGGAGAGAGGGGAGGUGGGCAUGGAGAGAGGGGAGGUGGGCAUGGAGAGAGGGGCGGUGGAGAGAGAAAAAGAUGAAGAUAUGGAGACAGAAGACAGAGGGAAGAACACAGAGAACGAGCACUUGGAGGAGAACGAGGACAACGCGGCCCACAACCAAGCGGAAGAACAGGUCUCGUCUUUUACCGUCCAUGGAGUUGAGUCUACCUCCGGGGACCCUGCCUCCUGUCCUCUCACCCACACGGAGGAGCCGGAGUUGGGCCUUGACCCCUCUCUCCCUCUAGAUCUCACGGAGAUGUUGCAGUUCUCCCUGGAGUCCCCGGGGGGCGCCACACUGGCCUGUCUCAGUCUGAUGACUCUGGGUCUGCUGUCAGUCCACGUCUCCAUACCUGAACACAUAGUGGUGUUGGACAGCACCAUGGUGGACAAUGAGGUGGUUAAGAGUAUCUCAGUGCUGGCUGAGGAUGAUGAUGAUGAAGAGGAGAACGAGGGACGGAGGGGGAUCGAGGUGAGGGCUCACAAGGCGUCCCACACCAAGUACCUGAUGAUGCGUGGAUACUGCGUUCCCGGGAUCGUCAACCUCCGAAACCUCAACACCAACGAUAGUAUUGUGGUGGAAUCGUGCACCAUGAGACUACAUCUACGUCACACACCUGUACAUACACUGUUUACUACCCAGGACUCUCCUCCCAUAGACUUCUCCAGACACGGUCCCUCUCUCCUCCCCUCUUUACUCUCCCAUUCCCUCAGAGCCCAUCCCUCCUCCUCCUCCUCUCCCUCGUCCUCCCCCCUCCCCUUCUCCCCCUCCUCCUCCGUAGAGGUGUGUGAGGGGCGUCUGGUGACUCAGAGAGGGUAUAGCCCAGAGGACAUUGGUGCUGUGGCAGAGCUCAGAGCAACACUGGAGAGACACGGAGCCUUCGGAUUGGACAGGCGGGACCUGGUGACAUCACACACACACCUGGCCGACCCGAGAGACGGACGUACCAGAGGUCUGCAGCGGUACAUACAGGACUUGCUGGAGGAAGAGCUGGUGUUGGAGGUGGGAGGGAGCUCAGUGCGUCUGGUGUUACUGAGUCACGCUGAGCCCUGGCUACUGACCUCCACAGAGAAGCAGAGAGACCGGCCACACCAAGCCCAGCGAGGAGCCUCUGCCUUUGGGGACAGAAAGCACCACAACCCCCUCCUCCGCAAGAGAAGAAUGGUGGCCCCCAGAGAGCAGGAACCACGUAGUAAGAGAGGCAGAAGAGAAACGCUGAUGGAGGAAGAGGAGGUUGAGAAGAGGGAGGAGACACCGGAGGAGGAGGAGGUUGAGAAGAGGGAGGAGACACCGGAGGAGGAGGAGAAGAUGCAGCCUGAAGAGAAAGACAGGAACGAGACUGCAGAGGAGAGAUGGAUGAAGAGGAGAGAGGAGGAGGAAGAGAAAGAAGAAGAGAGGGUACAAGAGGAACCAUCAUCUACCAUUGAGACAGAACAGAGCACAGGUGAGACUACAGCUGACCCCAGGGCGACGGCUACAGCUGAGAAGCCAUUUUCAUCUCUAGCUGAGGAAGAGGAUGGUGAAGCUAGCGGUCUGCCCGAGGAAGAGGAUGGUGAAGCUAGCGGACUGCGCGAGGAAGAGGACGACAGCGGCGGCGUGUGUGACGUGUCGUUCGUCAGUCGUCCGUGGCGUAUCGUGGACGGCAGUCUGAACAGGCCGGUGUGCAAAGGCAUGCUGGACGCUGUCCUUUACCACAUCAUGACCCGGCCCGGUUUACCAGAACACGUCUUACUGGAACACUACAGAGUCUUGCAGCCAGUGGUGGUACUGGACCUCGUGCAGGCCCUCGUUGAGUUGGGCUGUAUCAAGAAGAAGUACGUGACCAGACGUCCCAAACCCUCCCUCUUCUCCCGCCCAGCCGCCGUCCUCAUGGUGGGGGAGGAGAGAGAGGGAGAGACGGGGGUGAGGCUGGAGGAGACGGG